CCUUCCCAGAAGCAAAAGCGGAAACAAAAGAGUCUCGCCGGCGUCCCCGCCAGCACACUCGCACACCAGCGCUCGGGCUCACUCAGAGCAGGCACCCGCGCCCAGAGCUAGCCAGACAGCAGCGACCCGGGAACCCACCCGGCUGAGUCAGCCGAACAGCCGGCGAUUCGAGCCCGCACUACCCCACGCCCCCGAGCCCUGCAGCCGUCCCCCGCCGGCCAGUGCCCCAGCCGCCCUCCGUGACCGAUGGCGCUGAAGCGGAUUCAGAAAGAGUUAAGUGAUCUACAGCGUGACCCACCUGCCCACUGUUCGGCUGGACCUGUGGGAGAUGACUUGUUCCACUGGCAAGCAACUAUUAUGGGGCCUCCUGAUAGCGCAUAUCAAGGUGGAGUCUUCUUUCUCACUGUACAUUUUCCGACAGACUAUCCUUUUAAACCACCAAAGAUUGCUUUCACAACAAAAAUUUACCAUCCAAACAUAAACAGUAAUGGAAGUAUUUGUCUUGAUAUCCUGAGGUCACAGUGGUCACCAGCUCUGACUGUGUCAAAAGUUUUAUUGUCCAUAUGUUCUCUGCUUUGUGACCCUAAUCCAGAUGAUCCCUUAGUACCAGAUAUUGCACAAAUCUAUAAAUCAGACAAAGAAAAAUACAACAGACACGCAAGAGAAUGGACUCAGAAAUAUGCAAUGUAAAAAUCAAAAAAAAUUUCAUAUAUACCAGAGUACUGUAAAAUCUAGGUUUUUUUCAACAAUUAGCAGUAAAUUGAGCACUGUUUACUGUUUCAUUGUACCAUGAAAUCCUUAUUUUUACCCAUUUUAAAUGUAUUUCUGAAGCAAGACAAAACAAACUUCCAAAAAUAUUCUUGAGACUGUGAUGAGAGCAUUUAUCAUUUUGUAUGCAUUGAGAAAGACAUUUAUUAUGGUUUUUAAGAUACUUGGACAUCUGCAUCUUCAGCUUACAAGAUCUACAAUGCAUCUGAAAAGCAACCAAAUUAUUUUUUGCUGAAACUAGAUGUUUUUACAUGAAAAAUACUGUAUGUGUUAUCUAAGAUGUUGUCAGUUUUAUAAAUCUGUAUUCAGAUUUCAUUCUUUGUUAGCUCACUUUAUAAUUUGUAUUUUUUUAUUGUAUAGACUAAAUAUAUUCUAUUUACAUGUAUGUCAGCUUGUUACUUUUUUCCUGUGAACAGUAUUGAAAAAACCCAACAGCUGAUAAUGAAAUGAAUUAACUGUCCCCCUUGUCUUGGGGUAUUCUGUAGAUUGAUUGCAGGUUUCUUAAACCUGAAAUGAUCUUUACACUGUAAUUCUCAGUAUACUGAUUAUGGAGAAACGUUUUGAUUUUGUUAUACUUGACUUAACUUUAUUACAAUGUGAAUUAAUUGCACUGCUAAGUAGAAAGAUGUAUAACUUUUAUUUGUUGCUAUUCACAUCUGAAUUUUUUCUGUAUAGGCAAUAUUAUAUUGACACCUUUUACAGAUCUUAAUGUAGCUUUUUCCAUUUAAAUAAAAUGCUUUUUCUACUAUUUGUCUUGGUUACUUUGAAAGAUGAAAAUCUGCCUUAUCUACCAGUAAGGAUCAAUGCUCUAUAUAAAAUUUUGCAUGAAAAUUAAUUCCAAAUUGUAAGGAUGAAGUGUGUUGUACUAGGCAUUGAGUGCGUGCUUAGUUUCUCAGUUGUGUCCAACUUAAGCACCGUUAAUUAUAUAAAUUUUGCUGUAGAUUUGUAUCUGUCUACUAAAUUGUCAAUCUAAAGGAUGAUAUACAUUAGUCCUUUGUUACAGAAGAGAAUUUAGAAUAUGUUGGGAUUUAUCUUGGAUCACAUAUAAAAUGAAUUAUUUUCUAGAGUAGUGAGAUGAAUGUGGAUGUGUCACCCACAUUGAAGAAAAAUCUUUAUAGACCUGAAGAAUAAUUAGGUUAAUUCAUUAAAAUACCCCUCUAGAUGUAACUAGCAUUGUAUUUCUUAACAUUUUAAAAUCUAGAAUUUCAAAAAUAGAAUUUUACUGCUAUCACAGUUUAAAAGAGGACAUCCAUGUUUUAACCAUAGAAAUUAUAAAGAAAAUUCUAAAAUGACACUUUUCCUCUUUUUUAUAAUUUGUCAGUUUAAAGUGACUUAAAUGAGCAGAUUAUCUUUGCAGAUUAAAAAAAAAAAAA